AUCGGUGUGCGGAGUAGGCCCGGCCCAGCCGUCACUACUGGGGAGCCCUCCCUUUCUUUGAACGGGGCACACCGCGGAGCUUUCGCGGUCCCUGUGUCCCCUCAGCCCCUUCCGCACCCGGCCGUCAGGGACCGGCCGUCUGUCGUUCACGCCGCUUGAAGCCGCAGACUGAAUGGCUUUUACGAUCUGAGGAAUGUUCUGUUUACCUCAGCCGUCGAGCUGGUUUCCUUUGACCCGGUGCGGUGGUUGGACGGGUCCGAUCACGCGUGCUUUUGCUUCUCUGUUCCACCCUUCACGCUUCCCCCAAGGCCUGGUUUUAUUUCUUUCAGAUUUAUAUUUUAUGCUAAUUCUCAUCUGCAAAUGUAGUAGAUGCUCGAUGCAGUUGCCAUGCAUUCUGUUUGUGGGUGGACAUUGUCAUUUUGAUUGUUGACUACUACAGGAAAUAAUUUUGGAAUAUCUAGCUGUUCUUUAAAAACUAUAAAGAUGAAGUGCGAUUAUGGGUCAGUCUUUACUUGAUUUGAAGACCUGACUUCUCGCACAUUGGAUUAUGCCCAAGGCUCUUCUACCCAAUGAUCCUCUUGCAACACGCUGGGCUUCCUCUGCCUAGGCGGCCCCCAUCCUCUCCUCCUAUGUCAGUGGCUGCCAGGUCUACAGGAACCUUGCAGCAUCCGCCGCAGAGGCCUUUUGGGCAGGAGGCUUCCUUACCUUUGGCAGGGGAAGAAGAGUUACCUAAGGGAGGGGAGCAAGACUCUACCCUGGAGGAGCUAUGUAAGCCCCUUUACUGCAAACUCUGCAAUGUUACAUUGAACUCAGCGCAGCAAGCCCAGGCUCAUUACCAGGGUAAAAAUCAUGGUAAGAAACUCAGAAAUUACUAUGCAGCCAACAGCUGUCCUCCUCCUGCCAGAAUGAGCCACGUGGUAGAACCUGUGGCCACUCCAGCUGUUCCAGUCCCUCCACAGAUGGGCUCCUUUAAGCCGGGAGGCAGAGUGAUCCUGGCCACAGAGAAUGAUUACUGUAAGCUCUGCGAUGCCUCCUUUAGUUCUCCGGCUGUGGCUCAGGCUCACUAUCAAGGGAAGAAUCAUGCCAAGAGAUUGCGGCUGGCGGAAGCUCAGAGCAACUCGUUCUCAGAAUGCUCAGAGGCUGGUCAACGGCGUACCCGGAAAGAAGGGAAUGAAUAUAAGAUGAUGCCUAAUAGGAGAAAUAUGUAUACAGUACAGAAUAACUCAGCAGGUCCGUACUUCAAUCGCCGCUCCCGGCAGAGAAUUCCACGGGAUCUGGCCAUGUGCGUCACUCCAAGUGGCCAGUUCUACUGCUCGAUGUGUAAUGUUGGGGCUGGUGAAGAGGUGGAAUUCCGGCAUCAUUUAGAGAGCAAGCUGCAUAAAAGCAAGGUGUCUGAACAGCGGUACAGGAAUGAGAUGGAGAACCUGGGCUACGUAUAGUGAUUGUUGUGUUCAGAUAGAGCAGCUUGUCCUGCCUGUUAUUUGCCUUCUGUCAACAUGCCCUGCUUCGUGGUCCUUUUGAUAUGAGUACAUUCCUCUGCUUAAUGUUAAUACAUGUAACCUGCAGUGGUACCCUGCGGUGUCAAAACCGGGGAAGGACAAGAACGGGCUUCUUAGGUCAUGAUGCUUUUUCAGGUCAGUUGUGUUGAGUUACUUAGAGCAUGUGACCUACCUACCCCAUGAAAAAUAAUUCUUUAUCUUGACCAAGUUCUGGUCAGUUAAUAGCCUGAUCACUUAAGAGCUUUAACUAUUUAAAAAUCUCAUCUUCUUUUGCAAUUUUGGUUUUUUGUACUGUUAAGUAAAGGAUUUUAUUGGGUUCUUCAGAUCAAAGUAAAAACAGGUAGGCAGAGAUUUCGGUUUCCCAAGGCAGCGUUGGAACUACCACCUCAGCUCAGUGUCUUGUCGGUAGGAUAUCCUGUUAUAACCUGAUUAGGGUCUUUCAUAGGACAUGUUCCCCUUUGUCGUGUCUUCCCGUGAUUGAGAUGAAGGUUUUCUUGGUUCCAGACACUCCCAGUGUGCGUAUGGACUUCCAAACAGUGAAACUUCAUUUCCAGUUGUGGGUUUCACUCAUUUAAGUGCUACUUUCUUCCCUCUUUUAUUCUCCCAGUUGAAUUAGCUUGUCUCAUAAGUUCAUUUUCAUGCCUCAGCUACGUUGUGGGAUUUCCAAGUCCCACAUUCGAAUAUCCAGUGAAUUCAAGAUAGAUACGGUAUUUUUUUUAAACAAAUAUUUUUCAGCUGGUUUUAGAAAAUGUAAAGAUGUGUUUGAUUUUUCAGUUUAGAGUUACGUCAUUGAUAAUGACGUCAUACUUAUAUGAUGGUCUCAGUCCUGAGUUCAGAUCUCUGGGUAUUUGGUUUGGCGGACUUUGUAGAUAAACUGAUCCUUAUAUUUUACUUACAUUCACCUCUGUCUUGCUAGUUGGCUGUUCUGAGAAAUACCAUUACCUUACUGUUUUAUAGCUAAAGAGGAGUUUUAAAAAAAUUAAUCAAAUUACAGUAUCAUUUCUAGCAGAAAAAGACAUGAACUUUGAUUUCAUCCUAAUUCAGCUUCCUUGAAGAUAAUAGAAAUACAUUAUAGAUUACUUGGUAUCUGAUAGUUAAACAGUAUUAUUAGUUUUUUGUUUUUUUUAAAAUAAAGCUCUAGUGUAUGUGUAGAUGGAGUACUCUAUGAACUUUCAUUAACUGUAUUUUAUCUGCUUACUCUAGUUACAUGGAUAAGACCGGUGCUCAUCCAUAGUUCUUUUGCAAGGCCACAUAGAAGUUUAUAUUCAGCAGUAUCUUUGCACUAUGGUCAAUUCACACUUGAUUGCUUACAUUACCAAUUAAAAAAUACCAAACUCCUUUUUUUCCUUGAGAAUUCUAAAUGCAAAGAGAUGGGGAGAAGGAAAUUAUAAUAAUUAUGCCUUUUCUUUAAUACUUCUAAACAAUUUUUGAACAAUCUAGAUCCAAAUUUGAAAUUCAGUUUUGUAAUUAACCGCUGGUACAGUAUCCAGUCACUCUUAUGUUGAAGUGAUAGUUUUUGAAAAGUUAAAUUACUUAAUUUUUUUCUUUUCUUUCAGAAACAAAAGAAUAAUGUUCCAUUGAGACUCUAUCUAGACCUGUGACCCUUUGUGUAGUAACCUAUAAAAUACAGUUGAUUAGGGCAAUUUAGAGCUUAUUUUAUUGGUCAGAGUGUUACUCAUUUUGCUGCUAAGUAUAAUUUUUUGGUAGAUUUUAAUAAUACAGUGCUGGCCACUUGGUUCUAUAAUUAUUUAAAAAUGCAACUUUUCCUUUUCUCUGUAUGUACAUUUAUGUACAUAUACACACACAUGAAUGUUUUUGUGACACCAUAGAGAAGGUUUCAUUGAAUUCUUAUUUCAAAUAACAGUAAAAGAUUUUGGAUAAAAAUUUGCAUUUUGUGAAAGUGACAUUCAUCCACUUUCAGUUUUUCCUUUGCACAUAAAAUUAAAGGAAGGGUUUCCCUCACUCUCCCUGCUAAACAAUUUCAUUAUAUAUAUAAAAAGCAGUGGAUUUGAGGCCUUGAUGUUUUUCCUGGCCUUUCGUAUUCAGGUUUCCAGUCUCCCAGUGCCCUUAAUGGAUGUUAGGAAUGCAUAAACGCAUUUUCUUUCAAAGAAAAAAGAUUUAUAGUGUUAUUUCUUACUUGCUGUUUCCUUUGCACUAAAAAAGAGCUAUGUGUUUGUUUUAUAUGACACUUUAGAUACCAUAUUGCCUACAGUAACUCUGUUUGCUCCUUAAUUUCUAAACUCUAGGAAGUUGAUAAAUAACUUCCAUGAUCAUUUAUAGAGGUUACAUAUACAUCUCCCCUAAAAUUAGCCCCUACAAAUCUCUGUGACAGUGGGUUGGAUUCUGGGCUUGUUACCUUGCAAUAUUCUGUGUUUCACAGGUGAGACAAAGGGUGACAGAGGCUGUCAGAAAGGAAAUGCCUGAAUAAAUCCAUCUCUGCAUGAUGCAGUUUCUCAUAGUCACGCAUUCCUUAUAGACAGUGUUUUUUCCCUGUCAGAGAAGAUGGUGUUACUACUGCAGUCAGUGACAUGAUGUCUGUUGAUUUCAUUUGUGAAGUCCAGUCCUGCUGUGUAAUGUGCUUUAGAAUUUGCACCCCGUGCUCCCUAGGAAUCAUGUUAGUGUCUUUUAUAUGCUGUAUACAAGGAUGGACUGAGGCCUAAACAACAGAAAACCUGUAAUCAGUUAAAUUAAGUAGAUUUCAGUCAUCAUCUGCAAGAAGCACUCAUGGCAUCACAGUCUCUUUUCUCUGUGAGUAUCUUUGUGUAAGUUGUCAUUCAGAAUCAAUGUGAGAAGAUGACAGAAACUCUACUAAGAUACUGAGGGCAAGAAGUUGUAAAGGAAAAAUUCCAUGUCCUAAUUAAAAGAUUGGAUUGCAUAUGUCUUCAAAGUGUUUUUUUCAAAAAAUGAAGCUACAGAACAGAGUGUGCCAUGUAAUAUUUCUGACUCCAUGUUGAACAGAAAAUACUUUGUUGGUCUAGUCUUUGUAUAUCAUGUACUGCAACUUGUAAAUAUGUGCAUGUUGUUUAUUAGGUUUGUCUGCCUGUCUCUUAUUGCACUGAAUUCUGAAAGUGGAUACUUUUUGUGUACCAUCCAUUUGGAAAAAGUUCCUCCUCCAACUCCUCACUGUUUCCCCUUCUAAUGAGUUGGUACACUUAGAAAACCAUUUAGGUUUUUGAAGCCCUGAGAUUGAAGAAUUGUGGCUGAGAUCAUCCUUAUGUCCCUCUGACUUGAACAGCUACAAGGAAGCAUGAGAUUUCCCACCUUAUUUUGCAAAACAGUUCUGUGGCACUGGUACACUUGCUAUAGCUACGUAGCUACACUUUGAACAAAGAUACAAUGUUUAUAUAUAUAUGUAUAUAUAUAUAAAUCAUCUUCUGUAGAUAGAUUUUAAGGAUUAGCUGUGGGAUUUAUGAUUUCCUCACUCCAGAAUUGGCUGGAACAAUGAGCAACGACAGUUUGAGGACCAUUCAGUGACCUAUGUAAAAUGAGUUUGCUUAUAUCAGGAGAGACCUGUAAUCAUCCUGCAUAGUAUACUCUACAGAGCGGCCUAGGAAUGGUGGAUUUGGAACCUAAUCUGAUUUGCUUCCUCAUGGCAGAACUUGGGCUGGAAGUACUCUGUAAAGAACUUGGUGAGGUAUAUGAGGACGAUAGAGCUGCUUUAGAAAUAGAGAAAUGUUUUGUCAGUAUAGGCAAAAGUUUAAUGCAGGUUGUUGAGAUCUUUAAAAAUAUUCUACCCUACCAACUUUUUCCUUUUUUUUCCAGCCAAAUCACUAUUCAGGAGUUUCAUACAUAAUAGUGUUUUGUUGUUGCUUUUAUUAUUAUUUUUUUUGGUGGUGGAUCUCUACUAUUGUGAGUUAUCAAUCUAACUGAAUAGAUAAGUAGCUGUGUAAAUAGCUUCUCAUACAUUUGUUCUGUUAGCUCUUUGGACUUUUGCUUCGCAUUAUGAAUGGGAGGAUCAUUUAUAAACUCCCUUUCUGGGUAGCUACCAAAAAAAUACUGGCUUAUGGUCCCAUGUGACCCUGUCUUUGUUAAGCCCAGAAUCUGAGUGCCUUUAGCAAGUUUUAGCAUUUUACAGAGAGAAGAAAUGGUAGAAUUACUGCCAUUAAUCACAGUUCAUUAAACACAGAAGCUUGGAAUAGCAAAGAUCUGUGUGAAUUCUGUGUUUUACACCCCCCCCCGCCCCCUUAAUGCAAUCUCAAUUUGAUAUUGAGUAAAACUGUUACUAGUAUUGAUCAGGAACCCUACACCUUGAAAAUGAAUUCAGGUGUCCUAGGCCGGAAACAGUCAUAGAUUCUUUUUCACUUUUAUUUGUUAUAUUUAUAUUUAGUGAAUGGUGGUAUGGUGGAUUGGGAAGAGCUUGACACCAAUGUUUGGAAAAACUUCAUCACAGCGUUAUUUUUCAAACUUGUGUCUUCUGUAGAAAGGAGAGAAUUAUGUAUUGCAAAUGAAGUGUGGGAAGAAAUUGUCAUGCCCAAUAGAUAUUAAUUGUGUUACUUUGUUUCUGUAUUUAAAAAAGCAUCUUUACAAAUCAGGUCUGCUAAAUUUUCUCUACUUCAAAUAAUUUUAAAAAUUCCAAAUUUCUGAGUACUUUGAGUCUUUAAAACACACUGCUGAAUUAAUUUUAUUGUAGAAAUUUAACAUUUUAUUAUGAAAAUUUUCAAACACUUAUUGGGGUUGAAAAAUUUUUUACAGUAAUCCCCACCUUUAGAUUCUACAAUCAGUGUUUUUCUAUACUUGUAUUACCACAUAUCUGUCCAUCUGUCUAUUCACCCAUCAUUCCAUACUUUAUUUUAAAUAUACAUUUCAGUGUAGAUUUCAGACAACACAUUUCAUUUAAACACUUCAGCAUAGGUGUCAUUAACUAGAGUUUAAUAGUUGUUUAAAUAUCAGUAUCUUUUAAAAAGCAGCUGUCAAUCAUAAGUUUAGAUCAGACGUUUCUUGAACUCAUGAAGUUGAUAACCUGAGCCAGUUACCAUACAUGUUUUCUCCUGUGGGCGUCAGCCUUCCAGUUUUGUUUUCAUAUAUGCUUAGAGGGAGGGAAGACAACUUUCAAACUGAAGUUUUCUCGUGUUGGUCAUUUUAAAUGCUUAGUUGCCAUCUCUCUUAAAAUUUCAUGAUAAGAAUUUCUCUGUUAUCCUGGUUAUGAUGUAUGUUGCUGAACUAUGCAGCUUCUUUAAAAAAUUGUGAGUUGCUGAUUGGGGUUUAUUAAAUCAGCUUAUACCUCAUUUCAACCUGCUGCUGCUUUUCUCAUAUUACCACGUUUCCUUCACUGCUUUCACCUGUUCCACCAGAAAAUAUAGAGUCAGACCCAUAGAUGAUUAGCUGUUUUCAAUAACUCUGGAAGAGCAGAUUAAGUAGUUUAGAAAGUUAAAACCAUUUACCAAAAGCCUUUGAGUUCCCUGAGAAUGUAGUUGCCCAUGCUUCCUCUAGCCAUAAUUAGCAGGACUGAAAAUGAUUGUACUGUACAAUGAGUUGUUGAAAUUGUGAGCCUUAGUGACUAUCUCUAGCUUUACUCUAGUACUCUCUGGAAAACUUUUUUUUUUUUUUUUACAUAUGCCUUUAUUAUGCCAAUUUUUUGUCGGCAAAGAAUUUAGGUGACUUGCUCCAGGGCAUGAAGAUGCAGUGGACCUGUCAGAAUUGGAACUUCAAUGUUCUUGAUUGAUGUUCUCGUGCUAAACUUUGUAAGACUCAUGGCUUCUAAAAGAACACUUCCUUUGGGGCCCUUAAGAUGAAAAUAUGUAUUUUUACUAAUUAGACUUUUCAUUUUUAGGCAUUUUGUGACUCUUUAAACUUAAAGAUCUUUUCAUGGUCAUAGUUCCUCGUUAAGCCAGUGAAAUUGCUAAAAACAUAACUUUACUGUUGAAUACUAACUAAUGCAGGUUUUAUCAGAUUUAUUUCUGCAUUUCAGUGAUUCUCACGAUUCAUUCAUAACUCUUUCUAUGUAAGUGCUUAAGUGACCCCCUCACUAGUGAAAAUAAAUGUUCUAUAUCACUGAUUAUAUGUAUAUUCUCUACAUGAUCUAUUUUUUUAAGGAAAAGUAACCCCAUGUGUCAGAAGGAAUGAUAUUAUCCUAGGGCAAAGAACAUAUAAAGUUUAUUUCUACUCUGCAAAUCUGGCAUUUACAGGAACAAAACUCUUUUAGGGUGGCUGGUCAUUGUUUACCUUCUUUUGGUACUUGGGCUCUUUCUGUGGUUUUGUAAGUGCGUGUGUCAUUUUAUGAGAAUUUCAUGUUGAUUCUGUGUAAAUUGGUGUUUACCUUGUGGUAUCCUCAGCUGCCCACAAUAAUUUAAUUUGGGUAUGGUGUGUCUGCUUUGAAAUGCCUUACUAGCGUAUGUCAGACUGCUCUAAAGCAUUCCAUGUAUCUGCUAGGACAAUACGUUGUCUCUCUUGGAUGUGUGCUUGAGAUCCAGAAGCAAAAAUGACUUCGUUUUCACUGUUAAAGUUGCAUUUUAGUGCAGCUGUUGUUUUAAAUUGGAGAAUAAAAUCAUGGAAAACCAAGGGAGACAUUAGAGCCCAUUAUUUAAUGGCAUGGCAAGCUUUUAAACCAGUUUUUGCUAUUUCACUAGAACAAUGUCUCUGGUAAAGGACAUGGCUAAAAAAAAAAUGCCAGCCAAAACUGUGAAAUUGGGGUUGUUUCCUAAAAUUAUUUCUAAAUGUCCUACAGGGGUUUAGCAUCUGUGCGUGCUGUUGGGGCUACGUGCCAGUUGCCGCGUUGGAACUCUUUUUCUGUUCUGGGGCUACAGAAAUGACAAAAGUGUCAUGGGAUUAAAACCAAUCAACUGUGAAUUGUGAAAUUGAAAUUGCUCUUUUGGUUUUAUUUUCUGCAUAUUGAAUAUAGAAAUCAAAAUGUUAUUUAAAAUUUACACUGCUGAUGUUGAUGGCUUGUUCUGGCUGUGUAUCCUCACCAUGUACUGAUUUCUGAUAAAGGCUUGACGUUAUAACAGGUAUUUUGUGUUCAAUUGAAUAAAACAGUUUCUGAGUCUUGUCUGCA